AUGGAAAAGGAUGGGGAGGAAGAAGAGGCAGAUACGGACUACAUACUGUUAUUACUGUUGUGCCUGAUUGGUAUUUGUACAUACGUACUUCACACGAAAGGAAAGGUUCUUCCUAAAAGGGCCGAUUAUCCGUUGUUCCGGGUAAACGCAGCACAGCAAGCAACUCGCAACAAAGACGCCGCCGGCAGUGCGGAAGAAGACGGAGACAGGCUUAGCGAGCUGCCCAACGACCUUCUGCUCAACAUUCUGGAGAGGGCGGACACGCUGGACGCAGUAAGGGCCUGCGUCCUCUCGAGGCGAAUGAUGAAGCUCAUCACCAUGCUCUCGCGGUUCUUCCUGAGCUGCAGUUCCGUUCCAGGCCACCAUGACAGUGCUCGUAUUUUCGACCCCGCUGAAUUUUUCAGAAUCAACAGUGCCAUGGCUCAUGUGACGGAUAACAUCUUGCGCACAAGGAGCCCGGAGAUCACCAUCAGCAAGCUCCAAAUCAGAUUCAUCCUGACGCAACGUGAUUCUUACAUGAUUGGCGAAUCCGUCGCCCGCGCCAUGGCAACGCAGAAGGUUGAUGCGGCUGAGUUUCAGAUCUUGACAGAGAAGGCUUAUUUGGAGUGCUCUCCUGCCGAUCUUCUCGACCAUGCCAAGAAGUUCAAUGGUUUUCUCGGUGCUUGCCCGGAUGCGUUCGCUGGCCUCAGGCGCCUGCGUCUGCGCAACAUGAGGUUUGCUGAACCGGACAUACCCAAUAUCCUCAGCGCUUGCAAGCUCUUGGAGUCUUUGCAUCUGACCCACUGCGACUCGGGGAAGAAUUCCGUGCUGCGGGUAGAACAUGAUCAGCUUACUGAGCUCAAGGUCGAGGUUGGGAAAUUUGAGAUAGUUGAGCUGGCAUGUCUACCAAAACUCCAACAGGUGAGCUAUAACAAUUGGUUCAACUCUCAUAAAGAUCCCCUGUAUUUUGGUUUUGUACCACAGCUUUCAAAGUUGUGGCUUGCUAAAACGGGCCGCCGAUCGACUAGGACUCUUCAGUUAAGCCAGCUCCUUGGUAAUGUUCCUUCCAUAAGCGAUCUGCAUCUGGAUUUUCAAAGUGAAAAGAUUUGGGUUCUGCCAGAAAGCCCGAAGCUGCUCAAGCCUGUGCUCAACAAACUACAGCGUUUCAAUCUGGAUAAUCUUCCUGAAGGAUGUGAUUUAGCUUGGACAAUGUUUAUUCUUGAAGCUGCACUGUCCCUAAAAGAGAUGUGCAUCACGGUAUGGGAACAUUGGUGCAAUAGGGUGAUGAGAAACAAAGAGUAUCAGGAGAGAAAUGGUUACUGUGAAAAGGCAGACAUGGAGUGGAAGCCACAUGCCCCUGAUUUCAAGCACAAGAACCUGGUUAAGCUCACCAUCUACGGCUUCCAAGCAGACGACAUCUUUGUGCGAUUCAUCAGGUGUGUCAUAAAACAUGCAGUUAAUAUGGCAGAGAUAUCCCUGCAUGACAGGAAGGUGUGUCUGCACUGUGGUGACUUGGAUCCCAAGAUGAAGUGCCCAUCGAGAUAUCCAUGGAACGCUGAUGAGCACGUGCAGAUCAUUGAAGAAUUGGGGAUGUCUUUGCCUGCUAUGGUUCGCUUCCUGUCGUAA